AGGAGAUGCGCGCCCGCUAGAGGUGGCAUUAUUCUACACACAGAGUCAAACAACAGUUUACGAUAACGUUACAACAUUUAACAUGCAUUUAAAUUCUUCUCGAAGAAAUUAAAGGUGGUUGUCCCUGUAGUAACUUGUGCAGCAGUGAUGGCUGUAUAUGUCCACAACAAAGGUAUACCGUGGGAGGUCCAGCAGAAUGGCACCCUGGCACCAGUGGACCAUCUCCGCAACGAGAGGUCUGAAAGCCCCACUCCAGGCCUGGUGGUGGGCACAGAACCAGGUGCUGGCCAGGAGAGUGCCAUGUUUGUUCACGCACAGUCCUUUGAGGACCUGACUGCUGACAGUGAGCCGACUACUGAGCCAGAACCAGAAGGAGAGACUGUGCUUGGAGAGUCAGCAGAGGAGGAGGCUCUAUGUCUGGGAGCUGAGCAGGAGACCCAGGAGGAACAGCAGCCGGAGGUGGAGGUAGAGGAGGAGCGCCCAGAAAACAGGAGUAAGGAAGAGGAUGUGUGCAGUGAGGUCUGGCGUAGCCACAGGAAGCAUGUGUUUGUACUGAGCGAGGCAGGCAAGCCCAUCUACACCCGCUACGGCACAGAGGAAGCCCUCUCCAGCACCAUGGGGGUCAUGAUGGCACUGGUCUCUGUUGUGGAGGCAGAUAAGAAUAUCAUCCGCUCCAUUCACGCAGACGGUUACAAAGUGGUGUUUCUUCGCAAAACUCCUCUGGUCCUGGUGGGCGUAUCCCAGACCUGUCAGUCAGACAGAGAGCUGACGCGUGAGCUGCAGUACAUCUACUACCAGAUUGUCAGCCUGCUCACCCUCACCCAGCUCAACCACAUCUUCCAGCACAAGCAGAACUACGACCUGCGGCGCCUACUGGCAGGCUCCGAGCACCUCACUGACAACCUGCUGCGUCUGCUGGACCGCGACCCGGGCCUGCUCCUCAGUGCUGUCACCUGCCUCCCCCUGGCCAGCUCCACCCGCGACCUGGUCUCCUCCAGCCUUCAGGCCGCCAAGGCCAAGAGCUUGGUCUUCUCCAUCCUCCUGGCUGGGGACCGUCUGGUCACCCUGGUGCGCAAGAAGGACCAGUACCUGCACCACAUGGACCUGCACCUGCUCUUCAACCUGGUGGGCUCCUCGUCAUCUUUCCGCGAGGGUGAAGGCUGGACGCCCAUCUGCCUCCCUAAAUUCAACACUGCUGGCUUCUUCCACGCCCACAUCUCCUACCUGGAGCCUGCCUCUGACCUCUGCCUCAUCCUGGUGUCCACCGACCGGGAAGACUUCUUUAACCUGUCUGAUUGCAAGCGCCGCUUCCUGGAGCGGCUGAGCCGACGCACUGCCUACCAGUCCCUGAAGGAGGCGCUGAAGUGCCCCAGCUACUCUGUCACCCAAGUCGGCAUCCCAGAGCUCAGGCACUUUCUGUACAAGUCCAAGAGCUCAGGGCUCUACACUAGCCCUGAGCUACCCUUGCCAUACCAAUCUUUAGAGGAGCAGGAGAGGCUGAUGGGAUUGUACCAGUACCUCCACAGCCGCUUGCACCAACCGACACGUCCCCUGCGCUCCAUCUACCGCUGUGGAGAGACUGAGAACUUGCUGGCCUGGGUGACCAGUGGCUUUGAGCUCUACCUCUGUUUCAGUCCUCUUGGGACCAAGGCCAUGGCCGUGGCUGCUGUUAAUAAGCUGCUGAAGUGGAUCAGGAGGGAGGAGGACCGCCUCUUCAUCCUUAGUCCUAUGACAUACUGAGCCCCCAUCUGACCUAGCUACAGUUCCAAGAAGCCCUGGCCCUCUAAACCGGCCUCAUGACGUUGAAGUCUGAUGGACACUAUUGGAGGCCAUGGAUAUAAUGCCAACAAACCAUCAUACAUCACUGUUGUGCAUAUGCAGUCUGUGUUUCCUCUUUGCAGACCCUUCAGUCUAUGGUCAUCAGGGGGUCCAAUGAGAUCAUCACAAUGAGGGUACAGCUAUGUUUUAUCAAACAUAAGUUUUUUAUUUUAAUUGUUUGCUUCAACUACGGUGAUUGCCCUAUGGGAAUUGAGAGUUACGCAGCAGACAUUUCAAUUAAUAACAAUAACAUCUGUGAUGCUGUCCGUGUUGCUAUAAGAUUAUUUUAAACUCACUGUAUGGAAUCACUACCUGGACAUGAGGAAUGCUGUGUGUUGUUUUAGCAGUAACCUACAAACAUAGCCAAUAGAGACUGACCAUCUUGAAAAGGAACAACAUUUGUUUUUAUCUAACUCUAGUAUGCGCUUGAGGGGCUGUUUUAUGUUUACCAAGAUGCUCUUGCUUGGCUAGGGGAUGCAUGUCAAGGGCAACGGUUAACUUUCUGGGGAAAGCACAUUCCUGUGACUUAAUAGAGUCAAUAUUGUCAAUAGUCCCUUAUCGUUAGCCCAAUAAUUGAUGAAACCAAAAAAAGAUUAAUCUCACUUAAUGACUGUAAUGCAGUUAGCCCCAUGCUUUCUACUUAGGCACAAAUCCGCUUACUUAAAUAUACUUAUUAAUUUCAUUAUUUUGUUUGUCUGCAUACUGCAAGAGUAAUGUGAAAAUUCUACCAUGAUUACUGUUGUUUCUCUAAAUAUUAUUUUGAAAGUUUUUUUAAUGUUAAUUUGUGUCUUCAUUUUUUGCUUGGAUUAAUGUUUUGAUCAUGGAUUUUUACCGUCAAAGAUGAUGUAAUUGGAAAAGUAUCUUUAUUUUAAGAUGGGAAUCUCUGAGUUGUCUGUAUUAAUAUGAUUUUUGUUAUCUCACAAAUUA